AUGCGAUCUAUGGUGGAUGGAGCAGGCAACGAACGGUUCCUAGACGAAGCCCUCGUCCCAGGGCUUCGAUGGCGUGCCGAGCUGCGUACCGAGCCCGAGGGUGCCUACGAUGACACCUACAACAACAGCGACGACGUCGACAAGGACCAGUCUGCCGGCUACUCCCCGGACGAUGACGAGCCCGCUGCUUUCAAUGGCGAGGUAGGGACCCGCAAGCGACGACCGCCCACGGCCUCGCGGGCGCCCAUGGCCUGGGAGCAGCUGCUCCUGGGCGAGGCCAGCGCCACCAGCCGCCGGGCGCUGAGCCACUUCCAGUUCCAGUUCCACCAGCCCGUGCCCGAUGACGUCCGCCACGCCUUCCAGUUUGCGGGCCAAGUGGUGUCGGCCCACUUUGAGGAGAUGCAGGUGCCGGUGCGCGUGGCGGUGGACUGGGUCCCGCUCGAGCGCGAGGUGCUGGCGCACGCCGGGCCGACCGCCUUCUACAAGGUGGCCUCCCCCUCCGGCCAACAGCACGAGGCCAUGGUCUGGCUGCCCAAGGCCCUCAUGAACCAGCGCGUCCGCUACCCACCACCGGACUACAAGCAGCCGGACAUGGUCCUCACGGUCAACUCGCUCGGGGCGUGGCACUCGGGGCUGAAGGGCAACGUGCCGCACGGGCACUACGACCUGGUGACGGUGGUGAUCCACGAGCUGCAGCACGGCCUGGGCUUCCUGUCGAUGGUCGGGCAGGGCAACAGCCUCAACGGGAUCGAGAGCUUCAGCAAGGGCGUGCAGGGCGAGGCCUACAUCUUCGACCGCUUCGUGCACGUGGUGGGCCAGGGCCACAUCUUCUCGGCGCCGUCCGUGGCCCAGAAUCGCGGCCUCAUCAACACCACCAUCAGCCUUGUCUGGGAGUCGCCCUCCUUCACCGAGGAGAACAAGCCCAAGCUAUAUGUGCCGACGACGUUUGAAGGCAGCAGCAGCAUUUCGCACCUGGACGAGGCGGCGUACCCGCCCGGCGCGCCGUCGUCCCUCAUGACGCCGGUACUGGCCAAGCAGGAGGUCAUCCACAAUCUCGGAGGGCUGUUGAUCAAGAUGUACGAGGACAUGGGGUGGCACAUGCGCGACUGCACGCGCUACCGAUCGUGUGGCUCCUGCGUGUCCAAUCUUUGCCGAUGGUGCUACGACCCAAUCACGUCAGAGGGCGAGUGUGGGGAUCCGGGCGCGUAUCCAUUCUUCAACGCCGAAUGUCUCCGACCCAAUUCGACCGACGUCCUCGACGACGACUAUUGCAGGUUGGACGACGAGGCCGAUACCGAGCAAUGGCGAGAGUCGCCAGCAGCCGCAGCCGCCCAAGCCGCCGCGGCCGUGCCCCCUUCGAUCGGGGAGAAGAGACCCAACGCCGGCGCCAGCGAGGGGGAGGAGGGGGUGGAGGGACGCACGGCCGGUGGGCCGCAGCAUCGCACGCAAGACGACCAAGUGCUGGUGGACCAAGCGGCGAGGGCAGCGGGACAGGCGGCGGGCGAGUCGUCCCUCGACGUCGUGGUGGUGGCCAAGGCGACCAACGAGUGCUGGGACGUGCUGGACUGCGUCUUCGUGCGCCAGCACUCGGCGACCACGCUAAAGGCGAUCGGGCUGGCCCUCUUCCUCAUGAUCGCAGCGUACUCGGUCAUGUUCUCCAUUUCGGCGUGGCUCAUGCCGAGUCUGCUGGGCGCCGUGGUGGUCUUGGCGGGCGGGGUGGUCGGGGAGGGCGGGUCCACGAGGUAA